AUGGCUCAACCUUAUAUCCCACCUAACACUCGGUUUGAUGUUGUCAAAUUCGAGGAUCUAUCAAUCGAAACCACAUGGACUAAGCUCGGAGAAGGCUCGUUUGGUUUUGUAUAUCGAGCGCAGUAUCUUGGACUGCCGGUGGCCAUAAAGGAGAUCAUCCCUCGGACGGACUAUGAUAUGGAAAAGUACUUUGCGAGGGAAUGCAGGAUAUCAAGAGAGGCUCGCCAUCCCAAUAUUGUGCAAUACAUCGGCCUCUGUCUUGCUCCACCAUCAAUCGAGAACAAUCCAAAUGAAUACUCUGAAACUCAGCGGGAAGACGAAUUUCUUUACGGGAAAAAGAAACCAUGUAGGAAUGUUAGGAAAUCACGAGUACUGAUCAUCAGUGAAUACGUGCCUAAAGGAAAUCUGCGCAACUAUUUGGUUUCACGUUCGAUUACGACGAAGGCUCAGCCUUUAACAUGGAGAUUACGGAUAUCGUUUGCAAUCGACAUCGCUCGAGCGGUGGCCUAUUUGCACGAGAGAAAAUGCUUGCACAGAGACUUGAAACUCGAUAAUUGCUUGUUGACUGAAAAUUUCCGCGUCAAGUUAUGUGAUUUUGGAUUAGCGCGAUUUGAGGCCAAAACUCCCGAGGAAGUUAGACAGUUGAGCUUUUGUGGAACCGAUGGCUACAUGUCGCCAGAAGUACUUCGCGGUGCCCCUUUUGACCUAUCGACGGACGUUUACAGUCUAGGGAUAAUAUUUUGCGAACUGAUUUCAAUGAAGCUGGCAGGAGCCUCGAGCAGUAGUAGCAGCAUUUGCAAUGAAUCUGCAUUCCUUCAACGAGCUCCGCCCAGAUACUCAAUCAAAUCGUCGGAUGUUACCUCGCUCCUAGAAACGCAAGAGGAAGGUUGUCCCAAAACGUUCAUUGAACUCAGUCUUCGUUGCACCCAAGUGGAUCGUCAUCUACGCCCGACCCUCAAGGAAAUCUUUGGCCUGGAAGACAAGGACACUAAUUCCAUGAUUGAUUUCGGAAUCAAUUCCUUCUUUAUUGAUCCGCGUCUACUCCCUCUGAUCAACAUGAAGAAAGACAUGGAUGCUACAUCUGAUUUUUUUGGGUCUACCCUCAAGAUGCCGGGUGCAGUGAGUGUGAGAAAGAGCUUCCCAUCGGCCUUUUUGAACCCACCAGUCGAACCGAUGGAAAACCUGGUCGCCAUGCAAGAUAUAUUAGCCCGCUCGGAUGCGAAAAAAUCAGCGCCUUCGGAAUUCUCUCUCCCCGAAGCCGCUGUCGCAUCGGGCGUCUCGGGAUUGAAUCUUUCUGAACUGGGUACCAUUCCAACGAUGACCACCAACAGCAUCGAGACUUCCUCAACGACUGACUCUUUCAAGCUGGCCAUGAGGGAGCUAACACAAGCAUACGACAACAGCACGCAAGCUUCAACUUCGGAACUUGACAACGCAAAAGUUGACCUGAGUGGGUUUGUCUCUCUAGACAGUACCCCAACCAACACACAUUUCUUGGAAAAUGGAUCAACGAAGGGAAGCACACUCACAAUAGUACCCGACACAUUCAAAUUCAAUCAGCCAAGUCACUCUGAAUCCCAGCCGCAACUGCAGCCUGAGUCAAAAGGCGAGGGAAAGCCGUCCAACCCGCUACCGCAUCGUUUUACAAUAUUCAAAUCCCAUUGGCUCGCUAACCUUCUCAACUUGAACCAGAAAGAACUGUCAAAUCAAGAGGCGAAAACGGAAAAGUCGUGCGCGGCCUGUCAUAAACCAAUUGGCUCGAGGAAGACGUUCUUACGUUGUGAUGACUGUGGGGAAAAUUGUCAUAAAAAAUGCAGCAACAGUCUUGAACUAUCACAUUGUAAACGGUGA